GGGCGUGGCCGGAAGUGACGCCAGCGGCGGCAGCGGCGCUAAUUAAGCCAUGGGGGAGCUGAGCGACCUGGACCGGCAGAUCGAGCAGCUGCGGCGCUGCGAGCUCAUCAAGGAGAGCGAGGUCAAGGCCCUCUGCGCCAAGGCCCGGGAGAUCCUGGUGGAGGAGAGCAACGUGCAGCGCGUCGACUCCCCGGUCACCGUGUGCGGGGACAUCCACGGGCAGUUCUACGACCUCAAGGAGCUCUUCCGGGUCAGUGGGCGGGAUGUCCCGGAGACCAAUUACCUGUUCAUGGGCGACUUCGUCGACCGCGGCUUCUACAGCGUGGAGACCUUCCUGCUGCUGCUGGCGCUCAAGGUGCGGUACCCGGACCGGAUCACGCUGAUCAGGGGCAAUCACGAGUCGCGUCAGAUCACGCAGGUUUACGGCUUCUACGACGAGUGCCUGCGCAAGUACGGCUCGGUCACCGUGUGGCGCUACUGCACCGAGAUCUUCGACUACCUGAGCCUGUCGGCCAUCAUCGACGGCAAGAUUUUCUGCGUGCACGGGGGCCUCUCGCCGUCCAUCCAGACCCUGGACCAGAUCCGCACCAUCGACCGCAAGCAGGAGGUGCCGCACGACGGCCCCAUGUGCGACCUGCUCUGGUCCGACCCCGAAGACACCACGGGCUGGGGCGUGUCGCCGCGCGGCGCCGGUUACCUGUUCGGCUCCGACGUGGUGGCGCAGUUCAACGCCGCCAACGAGGUCUCCAUGAUCUGCCGCGCCCACCAGCUCGUCAUGGAGGGCUACAAGUGGCACUUUGGCGAGACCGUGCUCACCGUCUGGUCCGCGCCCAAUUACUGCUACCGGUGCGGUAACGUGGCGGCCAUCUUGGAGCUGGACGAGCACCUGCAGAAGGAGUUCAUCAUCUUCGAGGCGGCGCCGCAGGAGACGCGCGGCAUCCCCGCCAAGAAACCCGUGGCCGACUACUUCCUGUGACGCACCUGGGCACACCUGGGGGCACCUGGGCACACCUGGGCACACCUGGGCACACCUGGGUAUGGCUAGGGUACACCUGGGUAUGGCUAGGGCACACCUGGGCACACCUGGGGUUAUCUAGGGCACACCUUGGCACACCUGGGUAUGGCUAGGGUACACCUGGGGGCACCUGGGGGCAUCUCGGGUACACCUGGGAUACACCUGGGGGCACUUGGGAUAUUCCUGGAAACAUCUGGGCACACCUGGCGGUACCUGGGCACACCUGGGGGCAUCUCAGAUAGACCUGGGUAUGGCUAGGGCACACCUGGGGGCACCUGGGGGCAUCUCAGAUACGCCUGGGGGUACCUGGGGUACACCUGGGGGCACCUGGGCACACCUGGGGGCAUCUCAGAUACACCUGGGGGAACCUGGGCACACCUGGGUAUGGCCAGGGUACACCCGGGAACACCUGGGGGUACCUAAGAUACACCUGGGCACACCUGGGGGCACACCUGGGCACACCUGGGAUAUAGCUGGGUGUACCUCAGGUAGACCUGGGCACACCUGGGGGCACCUGGGAUAGACCCGGAGGUGCCUGAGACACACCUGGGUAUGGCUGGGGUACACCUGGGGGCACCUGGGCACACCUGGGUAUGGCUGGGGUACACCUGGGGGCACCUGGGCAAACCUGGGCACACCUGAGAUACACCUGGGCACACCUAGGUAUGGCUGGGGUACACCUGGGCAAACCUGGGCACACCUGAGAUACACCUG